AUGGACCGGCUGCGAGACACUGUGGACACGGUUCACCGCCUGGGUAAACGUGGCUCCGCGGCUACUUCCAACAACACGCCGAGGGCUAUUAUCAUCCAGUUCGGGAUGAGAACCGUCAGAGAUGAAGUGUGGAAAAAGUCGAAGGACGCGCGGGUGUGUAGCGAGAUGCAUAUCCGCUUCAAAGAGGACUUUUCCAAAGAAGAUCGGGAUGCGCGUUCCAAGCUGUGGCCUCUGGUCCAGGAUGCCAGGAAGAAGGGGAAAAGAGCAUUCCUGAAGGAGGGCUAUGCUCUGAUCGACAAUUAUUGGAUGGAGCCCCAACACCAGGCGUCUUUAGUAGGAACAGGCCUGCUGUCCAGGCUUUCACACAUGGUGCCCUUUGGGAGAAACAGCGUUGGUCCUGGAGAGUCUGGCCCCACCUGCCAGAGGACAGAUGGCAGCAGGGAGAACCGAUGGCCCCUAGCUGCACAAAACCUAAACAACUCCAACAAUAAUGAUGGGAAAAAGGAUGAAAAGAAGGAUGAGAAAAAAGAUGAGAAGAAGGAUGAUAAAAAAGACGAGAAGAAAGAUGACAAAAAAGACGAGAAGAAAGAUGACAAAAAAGAUGACAAGAAAGAUGAUAAAAAAGAUGACAAGAAAGAUGACAAAAAAGAGCCGCCUAAGGAGGUGUGGAUCAUGGAUCCUGCUACGGAUAUGUACUACAAGUGGCUGUGCAUGGUCUCCGUUCCAGUAUUCUACAACUUGAUGUUUCUCGUGGCCAGAUCAUGCUUUAAUGAGCUACAGUAUGCUAACACAACACUGUGGAUGGUUUUGGACUACAUAUCAGAUCUCAUCUAUUACAUGGACACCUUUGUGAGAGCCAGGACAGGUUAUCUGGAGCAAGGACUGCUUGUGAAGGAUGCAAAGCUUCUGAAAGAGAAGUAUGUGAAGACACGACAGUUUAAGUUUGACGUCAUAUCCAUCAUUCCCACUGACUUUGUGUUCCUCAAAAUUGGAGUAAACAACCCAGAGUGGAGGUUUAACCGUCUCUUCAGGCUUGCUCGACUUUUUGAGUUCUUUGAUCGGACUGAAACGCGAACUAAUUUUCCAAACAUCUUCCGAAUUGCAAAUCUGGUGCUUUACAUCAUCAUCAUCAUACACUGGAAUGCUUGUCUCUACUUUGCUGUCUCCAAGAUACUUGGUUUUGGUUCAGACACCUGGGUAUAUCCGAACCUAAACAAUCCUAUAAAUGCUCGUCUGGCCAGACAGUACAUCUACUGUUUCUACUGGUCCACCCUCACUUUGACAACUAUUGGUGAGACUCCACCUCCAGUCCGAGACAUAGAAUACUUUUUUGUUGUAGCUGACUUUCUCACCGGGGUUCUGAUCUUUGCAACAAUUGUAGGCAAUGUUGGUGCCAUGAUUUCCAACAUGAAUGCUGCACGGGUAGAGUUUCAAGCCAAGAUUGACUCUAUCAAGCAGUACAUGCAGUUUCGGAAGGUCACGAAAGACCUGGAGGCGAGGGUGGUGAAGUGGUUUGACUACCUGUGGACAGAGGGGAAGUCCUGUGAUGAGAAGCUGGUCCUAAAGAAUCUACCCGACAAACUAAAGGCUGAGAUUGCCAUCAACGUACAUCUGGAGACCUUGAGAAAAGUCCGCAUCUUUCAAGACUGUGAAGCAGGUUUGCUUGUGGAGUUGGUUCUGAAGCUUCAACCUCAGGUCUUCAGCCCUGGUGACUAUAUCUGUAAAAAGGGUGACAUUGGCAGGGAAAUGUACAUAAUCAAAGAAGGAAAGCUUGCUGUCGUGGCAGAUGACGGUGUGACCCAGUUUGUUGUCCUCAGUGAUGGUGCGUAUUUUGGAGAAAUCAGUAUCCUUGGGAUAAAGGGCAGCAAAGCGGGAAAUCGGAGAACAGCCAACAUCCGAAGCGUUGGCUACUCGGAUCUGUUUGCUCUUUCCAAAGAUGAUCUAAUGGAGGCACUCGUUGAGUAUCCUGAUGCUAAAUAUGCUCUGGAGGACAAGGGAAGGGCCAUUCUGAUGAAAGAUAAUCUCAUAGACGAGUCCCUUGUAGCUGCUGUUGAUGCCAAGGAUUUGGAGGACAAAGUCAACCAGGUUGAAGGCAGUGUAGAAAUCAUGACAAACAAACUUCAAAAGCUUUGGAAUCAAUAUGAAUCAUCUCAGCGUAAACUCAAGCAGCGGCUCACUAAUUUGUCAAAUCAGGUCAGAAGCCUCAGGGUUGAUGAGUAAAGCUUGCUGAGGACCGAUAAUGCCCAGAGGUAGUGAGGACCUUAUAUCUUUAGGGCUAUAGCACUUUUAUACUCACCAAAUGGAACAGUUGGACAGUGUCUCUACUCAAUAUUCCCAUAAUAAAAUAAGGUUGUGUUGAAAGUUGUCCGUUGUGUCUUUCCAGUAGGGUUCAAAAGGAGGAGCUCAAUAUGUUCUGCUCAAAGACUCCCAGUAGACUCAAAGGCUUCCAUGAAGGGAUGAAUCCAUGUUAAAUGUCUAACACCAAAGAGAGCAAUGAGAUGGUUCCCAGAGCAAAGGUUUUCUUUCAGAUCUGCCUCAGCAAGAAAAUAACUUUGUAUUUUGUGUUAUUUCGACUGUUGGGACUGCAGCUGAAAUCAGAUAUUUACAUACCCUAUAUAAGAACGUAAUCUGAUUUUCCACACCGUCUGAUGUUAAAGCAGGCUAAACUCUUCCUGUUUUCUGUCAGCUAGGAUUAGCAAGUUACAGACCCCGACACACCAGCGAGGUCAAGGUGCCGGGGGUACGCUACAUUAGUGACAAAACCAGUGUAACUGGACCAGGUUUGCAGCCCUCCUUGCUCAAUUUUGCCAAUUAAUGUUCCCUGGCACUCUGAUCAGGACUUUGUGAUUGCCAAUUCAAAACAGACUUUGUUGUCCUUAAGCCACUUUGUAACUAAUCUGAUAUGCUGAGGAACAUUGUCAAUUCAAUUUGUAAGAACAAUUUGUGUCCGAGUUUUAACUUCUUGUUGUUUUAAGACGUUUCUGUAUUUCCAUAUUCUUUCUUUCUCACAAAGCCAUCUAUUUUCUGAACCGUUUAGGAUUGUGUUACUGGGCUGGAAGCUUCCCUCUUUUUCCUUCUAUUGUAACGACGAUCAUUAUGGUGAUCAUUUAUGUCUCCAAAAACUAAAGCCUUUGUCCCAGAGUGAACUAAUUGUAAUAUGGCUUGUUAUGUUUCUUUGGAGUGAUCACUUCUUCCUCUCUGACUGGCCUUGUAGACCAUGGUAAUAUGUGACUCAUUUCACCAACACCUUCAGCAGCAAAUUUACAAUGUCUCUGCCUUUUGUAAUGAAGUUUAUUCUCAUAUUUCACACCGAUAUCAGUCUCCUUCCUGAACAGUAUGAUGGCUGGACAUUCCCAUGUUGUUGACACUAGUAAAUAAUUAGUUGAACAGAAACCUACCUACCUGGAGAUUGGACCAAAGUAUGAUUUAUUUUAUUUUCUCUAGGAUGUCUCAGAAUGAAGCCGUGUUUGAGACCUUGCCCUAAAGUACAUCUGAAUGUACUCGACUUAACUAGUUGUGAUUUAAUCUAUAAGAAGCUCAUAAAGGCAUGAAAUCAUCAUCAAUCACCUUUCCUAAACUGUUUAGAUGCAUAAUAAUCUG